AUGGCUACAAUUGAAAAAUCCACGGAUAUCAAAGUGGGAGAUCUUCACAAGCCAUUUCGGUUCAACGGUACUCAUUUCAAGAGAUGGAAGGGUAAAGUACUUUUCUACUUAAGUCUUCUCAAUGUUUCUUAUGUAUUAACUGAGAAGCAUCCAAAUAAAGUAGACAACUCUUUCAUAAAUGAUGAAGAACUUAUUUCUCUUCAAGAAAAAAUUGAAAAGUACGAUGAAGAUUCAUACAAGUGUUGGAACACUUUAUCUGGUGAUUCCUGUUCUACCACUAGUUAUAUUUUUACUUUGGGAGGUGGUGCUAUUUGUUGGAAAUCAAAAAAGCAAACUAUUAUUGCUAACUUUACCAUGGAGGCUGAACUAAUUGCUUUAACUUCAGCUACUCCAAGUUCUGCAGUUAAGUUUCAGAUGGCUGAAGCAACGCUAAAAGCAGAAAAAGGGGUUGUUAUUGCUGAGGAAUUUGGCCAUGUCACAGUGCACACUUUAAAUCGUCCUAACCAGUUAAAUGCCAUCUCUACAAAAGAGGCAUUGCUGCUAGGACAAAUAUUCGAGAAAGUUGAGAAAGAUGACAAUGCAAAACUUGUUAUCAUAAAGGGAGCUGGCCGAGCUUUUUCUGCUGGUGGGGAUUUGAGAAUGUUCUAUGAUGGCCGAAAGACAAGGGAUCCUUGCGUAGAAGUUGCCUACAGAGUGUAUUGGCUUUGCUACCACAUUCAUACAUAUAAGAAACCACAGGUUGCUCUUGUUCAUGGUAUGUGUAUGGGUGGAGGUACUUCCUUAAUGGUGCCAAUGAGGUUCUCUGUUGUCACUGAAAAAUCUUUUUUUUCAACUCCAGAAACAAGACUAGGAUUUCAUCCAGAUUGUGGCUUGUCUUAUAUGCUUUCUAGACUUCCUGGUCGACUUGGAGAAUACUUGGGCUUAACUGGGGCAAAGCUGAAGGGUAAAGAAGUGGUUGCUGCUGAACUUGCCACACAUUUUGUUCCUUCUGAUAAAUUGCUUUACUUGGAGAAGAGCUUGUUGAGCUUAACCACUGGUGAAGAGACAGCAAUCAAAUCAGUCAUUGAAGAAUUCUCAACAGAUAUUCAGAUAGAUGAAAGAAGCAUCUUGAACAAGCUUCCUAUAAUCAAUGAGUGUUUUUCCAAGGAUUCCAUGGAGGAGAUAAUGAAAUCACUUGAAGUUGAGGCAAGGAAAGUAGGAAGUGAUUGGAUUAUAGCAGUGCUUGAAGGGCUAAAAGAAUCAUCCCCAACAGGAUUGAAAAUAACACUAAAAUCGAUUCGAGAAGGAAGAAAACAAACGUUGUCUGAAUGCCUCAAACGAGAAUUUAGACUUACAACGAACAUCUUAAGAACAAUCAUAUCUGGUGAUAUCUAUGAGGGUAUACGUGCUGUUUUAAUUGACAAGGAUAACCCUCCAAAGUGGUACCCUCCAACUCUUGAGAAGGUAAAAGAUGAGCAACUCAACUUAAUUUUCAAGCCAUUUGAAGAAUAUUUGGAGCUCCAAAUUCCAGAUAAUGAAGAGUUCAGGUGGGAUGGAAAAUAUGAAAAUUCGAUAUAUUUUCAGAUUAACCGAGAGAAGAAUCAAAAGGGAUCUCAAUCAAUUGGUAUGGGAACUGGCCGUAUACGAUCUACCCUAUGAGAUCAUAUCUAGAUUCAAAAUUUAAACUUGAUGAAUUCGAUCUUUAAAGUUGUUAAGAUUGAAUUCAUUAACUUUGUUUUAUUACAUGGUCAAACCAACUUCUAUAUUUAAUCAUAUAAAUGUCGGUCUACGAUGUAUAGGAGUUGACAUCUGAUACUGCUUCAAAGGGUUUUCUUUAUUUAAAUGUGUGUAAAUAAUAUUUUUCCAAGAAACAAAUUGUGUGUGUAUAUACCAUAGCUUCCACAUGAUAAAAGUUUGUAACUGUGACAAGGAAAGUGAAAAAUGCGUUGUUGUGGAUCUUCCUUUUAGAACAAUUCAUUAUACUCAUUUAAGUUUAGAGAGAUAGGAACAUUACUACUAUAUAGAAAGUUGGGUGUGGGCACUUUUUCGUCGUCCGUUUGUAGCACUUUUUUGUUGUCCGUUUGUGGGCCCAAAAAAAAUUGUGGGCCCACAUAUUUUAAACAACUACUAAUAUUUUAAAACAACUACUAAUAUUUAAAAAAAAAAAUUGUGGCCCGCAUAUUUUAAACAACUACUAAUAUUUUAAAAAAAUAAAUUGUGGGCCCCAUAUUAAACACCAACCAGUAAUAAAAAAAAAAGUGGAACCCACCACAUCCAAACUCACGGGAAAAAAAAAGUGGAUCCCAUAUUAACAAAAUCAAGCAAUAUUAAAAAAAAAAAAAGUGAAUCUCAUAUUAAAAAAACAAACAAUGUUAAAAAAAAGUGCUUAGAAAAUCAAACAAUUAAAUCAAUAAUGAUGGAUUCAUUGCCACAUGCGUAUCAACCCAUUAGAGGGAGCAAAUGAUAUUAUUGUACAACAACAUACUUAAAAUACAAAAAUGCUUAGAAAAUCAAACAAUUAAAUCAAUAAUGAUGGAUUUAUU